AUUGCUAUACAUAAAACAAGUUAGAUUUUUAAUGUCUCUGAAAUUUCACAUCCAUUGACAGAAUUUCUCUCGAAUUUAAAAGUCUGGGUCUAAUGUUUAUUAACCAACACGUUUCAAAAUAUGUAAAGCUCUCCAAUUACCGCAUCGAUAGAAAACGUUAACGCAGUAUAAUCUUUUGGUUGUCAAAAUGAAAUUCUUCGAAAAUUCUACGAUUUUUAAUUACACAUGGGAACAAGUAGCUCAGGGCUUUUGGAAACGAUACCCUAAUCCUGAUAGUAAACAUGUUUUGAGUGAAGAUACUAUAUCAAGGGAAAUUAAAUCUGGAAAGCUGUUAUCAAAAAGACUUCUGAGCAAAACCAACAACAUUCCGAACUGGGCCAAGAGGUUUAUACAUACCUCAUACGUAUAUAUACUCGAAGAAAGCAUUGUUGACGUAAAAAAUAAAGUUCUGGUGACGUAUACAAGAAAUUUGGGUUUUACAAAAGUUAUGAGUGUUACUGAAAAGGUGGUUUAUAAACAAUCUGAAGAAAAUCCGCACAAGACUGAAGUUUUGAGAUAUGCCUGGAUUGAUUCACAAGUUAGGGGAUUUAGCAGAGCCAUCUGUGCUUUUGGAUAUGAAAGGUUUAAGAAAAACAGCCAGAAAAUGGUGGGCGGUUUCAAUUAUGUACUCCAGAACAUGUUCCCGCAUCAGAACUCGAUUCCGAACGUUCACAUGACCGUGACCACAGCUCACAAAUUAAAAGACGCGGCAAAGAAUGCCUCAGAACUAGCCAAAAGCAAGGCGGCCCCUAUUUAUGCUUCUUUACAUCCGAACCAGUCAUAAAAAGAUCGUUGUUUAGUUUAUAGAAGCUGUUUUAUUUUACACUGUUGCAAAACUGUUUGUCUAAAAACUAACAUAUUGACUGAGUCACAUUCCUAUGGUGAGUAAUGGAUUUUUAUUAUUAAUUUUAUAUGAAAAAUACACAAUGCCAUUGAAGUAUUUCCAUAACAUCAUAUGUAAAUUUUAUAUAGUUUCAUCAAAAAUCAAACUACGUUAAUGUAUGUGUAAUUAGAGAUUUAAAUGUUUAUAAAAUAUAUAUACUGUUAUUAAAAAAAAAUAGAAAAAAUAUUCCUCCUAAAUAGUAGUUAUAUUCUAGUCUUAAAUUGGAUUUUGAUUAUUAAUCAAAUAGUUAUAAUAAAUUCUUUUAUAUACUUUAUAACUGUAUGAGUAGGUGUAUCCAUAAGUAUUUUGUUAAUAAUGCCUCAUGAUAUUGCAUAAUUAAACACUAUAUCUUA